AUGAAAUUUACUAGCUGCUUUUCUACUUCCCUUCUCGCUAUUGGCGUUGCCGCCGAAGAUGCAUGGACAAACCCCGAUGGUGGCAACACCCAUGUGGACAUUGGCAACAAGAAGGUUGCCUAUGGUUAUACCCCGCCCUGGUAUGCCUUUGACAAGAUCAAGGAAGAAUGCCCCUCGAAUGGGUGCAAUAGUGAGAACAAGAUCGAGUACACGACUGGUGUCAUCCAGAACGGAGAGAUGAGGUCCGCCACAAUUACUCUCGCUGUUGAGGGUAGUUUCAACAGUGUUGGAGAACAGGGAAGCAGAGAUGAUCUCGUUGAAAUCGUGAAAGCUGUUUCUGGUGCUUCCCAGUACGACUUUGAGCAAGGAGUUAGCUAUUACGUCGGAAAUGGCUGUGCUGUAGCAGGAUUUAUUCCCUGUUCUCCUGGAAAGAAAGAGUACGCUGACCAGUACACGGCGACUGAUCUCAUUGUUGUCCGAGUUGAGAACGACGAUGGUAGCCUCCUUGCAGACAUGUCUGUUAGUAUCAAGGUUGACAUUGACGAUAGUGGUGAGGGUGUCUGCGACACCAUCACGUCGGUCGGCGGCGCCAUUGCCGGUGCUAUUAAUGGUCUGGCUGGUGGAGUGUUUUCCCUGGCUGCAUUGGCUUGUGCCUGA